UGCGUUCUUCAUGACCUUUAAGCUUUCGCAGGGGCGUGGUGAUCGGAAUGAGCUCUGUCAUCUUACUGGAGGUUGAUGACGUUGAGCGCGGUCGAAGUGGACUUUGGAGGAAUUGGGGAUGUCUUUCUCUAAGCUGCAGAGACGCUCAGGACACUCGAGGCUGUUCGCCUCCACGCCUUCAUCACCUUUACAGUACUUGAACCUAUUAUAGCUUCCCCCCGAACACGUCAUGUGACUUGCCGCUGGGGAUUCAUCCAUCCAAAAUGACCCCACCGAAGACGCCUACCUUUUUGCUCGGAGUCCACACGAUACCGUUGUGGGCACAUCCAAAUAUUGCUUGUUCUCCUCGAUUCCUGUUCGCCACACGUCACCACGGCAAUACGCAUUCACUAUUAGUGAACGAGCGAAAAGCUCGGUCGGAUGACAAAGUCAGCGGCGAUGAUAUGGAAGAAGACCUCGUGAACACUAACAUUCAUGAUUUCUGUGACGGCCUUGAGUAUUCAAUGAUCAUAGAAUGCUUACCAUUCCCCAAUGAAACGGUUCAGCCUUGCUUCGGCCUGCAGACAGCUGCGACGGGGAAAUUCGUUUCGAACACAGAGCCCAACAAUACAAGAAAAAGAGACUGCAAACGCUAUAUCUUAUUGUGCCCACUCACUCUACAUGAUAUUAGGUUGAUCCUUCUAGAAUAUACCAUAUAUUGUCCCGUUCAUUAUCAUUGAAUCAUCGUACUACACUCGAUAUAAUCCUCAACAAAGCCACUUGAAAGGAACA